AUGGUUUCGAGGACAACGUCGAGACGGAUUCCCGAGGUAGAGCCGCGUAUAGAUUAUGUGCAAUGCGAUGGGCUCGUGGUAAUGAAGAUGGUAAAACAUUGCCAUGAGGAGUCCGCUGGUAACAUGGAAGUUGCACAAGGUGCUCUACUUGGUUUGGUUGUACAAAAUCGCUUGGAAAUCACCAAUUGCUUCCCAUUCCCCAAAAAUGAUGAAAUUAUGGACGAGGAGGAAUAUCAACUUGCUAUGAUGCGAAGAUUGAGAUGGGUGAACGUUGAUCACUUUCAUGUCGGUUGGUAUCAAAGUGCAGACGUUGGAAACUUUUUAAAUCUAUCCUUGUUGGAGUCGCAAUAUCAUUAUCAAACUUCUAUCGAAGAAUCAGUUGUGCUUAUUUACGAUACAGCAAAAUCUGCCAGAGGUUUUUUGACACUCAAAGCAUACCGGCUCACUCCACAAGCAAUACAAAUGUACAAGGAGAAUGAGUUUACUCCAGAAGCUUUGCGUACUUUGAAGAUUGGAUACGAGAGUCUCUUUGUUGAGAUUCCAGUAGUUAUAAAGAAUAGUAAUUUGACAAACAUUAUGAUGUCAGAAUUGGAUGAAAUGAUUCCUGAGGAGCAAGGCACAAAGUAUUUGGAUCUUGGCACAGCUACAGUAUUAGAGAAUCAAUUGAGAUGUUUGAUGGAUCGAGUAGACGAAUUGAAUCAAGAAGCUAUGAAGUUUAAUAGAUAUCAACAAUUGGUGGUUCGACAGCAACAAGAUAAAAACAGACUCUUGGCUAAGAGGGCUCAAGAAAAUGCCGCUAGGGCUGCAAAGGACGAACCGCCGCUACCUGAUGACGAUAUUAACAAACUGAUGAGACCUCUGCCAGUUCCACCAAGAUUAAAUCCAAUGAUUGUUGCUGGGCAAAUUAAUACGUAUAGCGAACACAUCUCGCAAUUCUGUUCUCAAAGUUUAGCAAAAUUGUACAUUACUCAAAGUCUACAAAAUGCAAAGGAGGCAAAGUCUUCUCAUUAAAAAAUUAAUAUUUAUGAAUGUUUAUAUAUAACAUCCGAGAAGAAUGUUUGUGGAGAAUUAAACAGAAGUGUACGAUUUUUUCCAAAUAAGAAUUUAUUUACUUAUUGUAUCUUUUUAAU